GGUUCCGGCGGGCGCAGGCCGGGAUGGAGGCCGUGCCCCGCAUGCCCAUGAUCUGGCUCGACCUCAAGGAAGCCGGGGAGUUCGCCUUCAACGCCGCCGUCAAGAAGUUUGUCCUGAAGAACUAUGGGGAGAACCCAGAGAAUUACAAUGAGGAGCUGCGGAAGCUGGAGCUGCUCCGUCAGAGUGCCGUCAAUGUGCCCAGGGACUUCGAGGGCUGCAGCACGCUGCGCAAGUACUUCGGCCAACUCCACUACCUGCAGAGCCGCAUCCCCAUGGGUGCCGAGCAGGAGGCAGCGGUCCCCAUUGCGUGGACUGAGAUCUUCUCAGGCAAGACGGUGACUCAUGAGGACAUCAAAUAUGAGCAGGCAUGCAUCCUCUACAACCUGGGUGCACUGCACUCCAUGCUGGGCGCCAUGGACAAGAGAGUGUCUGAGGAGGGCAUGAAGGUUUCCUGCACCCAUUUCCAGUGUGCCGCUGGGGCCUUCACCUACCUGCGGGAUCACUUUCCUCACUCCUACAGUGUAGACAUGAGCCACCAGAUCCUCAACCUCAACAUCAACCUCAUGCUGGGCCAGGCUCAGGAGUGUCUUCUGGAGAAGUCCAUGCUGGACAACAGGAAGAGUUUCCUCGUGGCCCGGAUCAGUGCCCAGGUGGUGGAUUACUACAAGGAAGCCUGCCGGGCACUGGAAAACUCGGAGACAGCCUCGCUGCUGGGAAAGAUCCAGAAGGACUGGAAGAAACUGGUUCAAAUGAAAAUCUAUUACUUUGCUGCUGUGGCCCAUGUAACUGCACAUGGGAAGCAGGCUGAGGAGCAGCAGAAGUUUGGGGAAAGGGUCAUCUACUUCCAGAGCGCUCUGGAUAAACUGAAUGAAGCCAUCAAGCUGGCAAAGGGCCAGCCAGAAACUGUCCAGGAAGCCCUGAGAUUCACCAUGGAUGUGAUUGGUGGCAAGUACAAUUCAGCCAAAAAGGACAAUGACUUCAUCUACCAUGAAGCUGUGCCUGCGCUAGACACUCUGCAGUCUGUGAAAGGUGCUCCCUUGGUGAAAGCCCUCCCUGUCAACCCCACGGAUCCAGCUGUCACCGGCCCUGAUAUAUUUGCCAAGCUGGUGCCCAUGGCUGCCCACGAGGCCUCUUCCCUGUACAGUGAGGAGAAGGCCAAGCUCCUGCGAGAUGUGAUGGCCAAAAUCGAAGCCAAGAACGAAGUGCUGGACCAGUUCAUGGACUCCAUGCAAUUGGACCCUGAGACUGUGGACAACCUGGACAUGUACAGCCACAUCCCCCCCAUCCUGAUGGAGAAAUGCGCUGCUCUCAGUGUGCGCCCUGACACUGUCAAGAACCUCGUCCAGUCCAUGCAGGUGCUCUCUGGGGUCUUCACCGAUGUGGAGGCUUCCCUGAAGGAGAUCCGAGACCUCCUCGAGGAGGACGAGGCACAGGAGCGAAAGCUGCAGGAGCUGCUUGGGAAGGUGCCACCACCCCAGGGGUCAUCCCCACCACCACCAUCCCCGGGGCUGGCUGAGGUCAGCAAGGAGUGCUCCAAGUACCUGGAGGUGCACGAGAAGGCCAGCUUCACCAACACUGAGCUCCACAAAGCCAUGAACCUCCACAUCGGCAACCUUCGCCUGCUCAGCGGGCCGCUGGAGCAGGUCCGGGCCGCGCUGCCCUCCCCUACCUUGACUGAAGAUGACAAGCAGGUGCUGCAGAACCUGAAGCGAAUCCUGGCCAAGGUGCAGGAGAUGAGGGACCAGCGGAUGUCCCUGGAGCAGCAGCUGCGUGAAAUGAUCCAGAAGGAUGAUAUCACCACCUCGCUGGUCACCACCGACCGCUCCGAGAUGAAGAAACUCUUUGAGGAGCAGCUGAAGAAGUACGACCAGAUCAAGGUCUACCUGGAGCAGAACCUGGCUGCCCAAGAGAAUGUCCUGAAGGCCCUGACGGACGCCAAUGUCAAAUACGCGGCCGUGCGCAAGGCCCUGGCUGAGGUGGAGCACAAGUGGAACACCACCGUUCAGACCCUGGUGGCCUCCUAUGAAGCCUAUGAAGAUCUGAUGAAGAAAUCACAGGAGGGGAAGGAUUUCUACACUGACCUGGAGGGGAAAGCUGCCAAGCUGCUGGAGAAGGCCCGUGCUGCCUGCCAAGCUGCUGAGGCCAACCGGCAGCAGAUCUUAGAGAAGGAGAUGAAGAAACAGCCGCCCCCCCGGCCCACGGCCCCCAAACCCACCCUGCAGAUGAAGCCUCCGGAGCUGGAUGCAGGUGGACUGGAUGCCAUGGACCUGCCUCCACUGGGCUCUCUGGUGCUGUCGGACCUGCCCGAGGAGCUGCGCAGCCUGCCCCCCGAUGUGCUAGCUGGGCACCUGGCCCAGCUGCCGCCUCCUGCUCUGGCCGCCCUCAACCCGGCCCUGACCACCAGGCUGCGGCCCCAUGGCCCCGAACCUUUCCUGCCAGGGGCCAGGCUUGCCAGUGCCCCACUGCAGCCCCUUGCCCGCUUCUCUGGGUCCCCAGCCCUCCCAGGACACUAUCGCUUGGCAGCAGCCCCUGCUUCGGCACCAGGCCCCUUUCCCCCCGGCACAGGGGCCCCAGUGCAGCUCAUGCAGCCCACUGCCCCUCAGGCAGCUGGGCUCCCCCCUGGCCCCAGCUCAGCCCCAUCUGCAGCCCCCCAGCUCUUCCCAGCAGCCCCACUGAUGCGAGCCCCAGUGCAGCCUGGCUACGUGGGGCCCCACAUGCUUCCGCCACGCUCAUCCCCACAACAUGGAUCCCUGCCCGGGUCUGCUCCUGCUCCCACAGCAUCCUAUAGCCUAGGCCAACCUGGGGGGCCCGUGCCUGGGCCACCCACAGUGGGGCCAGCCCCUAUGGGUGCUCAGCCACCAGUGGGUGGCCCUGAGCUGACCCCAGGUCCCCGGCCAGCCACCACCACUGUGGACAGCAUCCAGGCACCCAUCUCCAGCUGCCCCCCUGUCCCACGGCUUCCCAGCCAGGGCCCGGCUGUACCCCCAGGCCCCUUUCUGGCUCCGGGGGCCCCCCCUUCCCCCUACCCCUAUGCCCAGGGAGGGCCGCAGCCCUUCAGGCAGCCGGCACAGCACCCAUUUUCCCCUGUGCAGCACCCUCACACCUUUGCCCCCACUGCACAGCUCCAGCCCAGUGUGGAGAUGCCAGCUCGGGCCCAGGGCCCGCAGCAGUUUCCCCCAGCCCCCUUUCUGCCCCCUGGGAGAGCCACGGUACCACUGUCCUUCCAGCCGCACCCCCGGCCCACGCUGCCCCCCCAGGCCCCGUUUGCCCAGCAGCCCUUUACCAGCCCCGGGGGGCCCCCACUGGCCCCCCAGCUUUAUCCACUCCCAGGGCAGGACACACUGCAGGCUGGAGCCCAGCACUUCCCCAGGGCUCCCAGCCAGAGCUGCCCCCCCAGGCAGCCCCUGCCCACUGCAAUGGGGGGGCUGCAGCCGGUGCCCCCUGGCUCCCCAGGGCUGCCCUUCUGCCCCAGCCCUGCCCCCCCCAGCAGCCAGAUGCCCCCUGGGACCAUGGCCCUGGGCCCCCCUGCACCCACCCCCCCUGGCCAGGCUGCCCCCCACCAUGUCACUCCCUCUCCCAGCCCCGGCCUCAGCCAGGGCCCAGGUGCUGUGGUGGUCCAGGGCACCCUGGUCCCCUCCCCAGCCCCUUCUCCACAGCCAGCCUUGGCCAUGCAGCCCCCAGCACUGGUGCCACAGAGACCCCCACCUGCACUAACACCAGGGGGACCCGUGCUCCCCCAGGGCCCUGGCGAGGCCCCAUUCCAGCGGCAGAGCUCCUCCACUGAUGACCUCCUGUCCUCCAGCCCCGAGAGCCAGCAUGGUGGCUCCAAGGCAGCCGUGGGGCAGCCUCUGCUGCAGCCCACCAAGGCAGAUGCCAAGGAGGGGCAGAAGCCCAAAGCAGUGCAGCUGAUUGAGAACGAUCCCUAUGAGAAACCAGAGCGAGUGCUGCGGCUGCUGGCGGAGCUGGACCGCUUCCGUGGGCUGGUGGAGCGCCUGGAGCAGCCAGGGCCCGGCGGCAGCACCGAGCUGGACACUGUGUGGAAGGAGCUGCAGGAUGCGCAGGAACGCGAUGCCCGGCAGCUCUCCAUCGCCAUUGCCCGCUGCUACUCCAUGAAGAACCGGCACCAGGACAUCAUGCCCUACGACAGGAACCGUGUUGUCCUGCGCUCGGGCAAGGACGACUACAUCAACGCCAGCCGGGUGGAGGACCUCUCACCGUACUGCCCCACGGUAAUCGCCACCCAGGCCCCACUGCUGGGCACUGCCGCAGACUUCUGGCUGAUGAUCUACGAGCAGAAGGUCUCCGUUGUCGUCAUGCUGGUGUCAGAGCAGGAGCUGGACAAGCAGAAGGUGCUGCGGUACUUCCCCACCGAGCGGGGCCAGCCCAUGGUGCAGGGACCCAUCACCCUCGUCCUCACCAGCCUCAAGGUCGCCCCUACCCAUGUGGAGAGGAUGAUGACGCUGCAGUAUCGUGACCAGAGCCUCAAGCGCACCGUGGUCCACCUCCAGUUCACCUCCUGGCCUGAGCUGGGCCUGCCUGACAGCAAGGGGAGCCUCCUGCGCUUCAUCCAGGAGGUGCAUGGCCACUACCUGCACCAGCGCCCGCUCCACACCCCUGUCAUUGUGCACUGCAGCUCUGGGGUGGGCCGUACGGGGGCCUUCUGCCUGCUCUACACGGCCAUGCAGGAGGUGGAGGCGGGAAAUGGCAUCCCUGACCUGGCCCUGAUCAUCAAGAGGAUGCGGCAGCAGCGCAAGCACAUGCUCCAGGAGAAGCUGCACCUCAAGUUCUGCUAUGAGGCCGUCCUGCUGCACGCUGAGCAGGUGCUGCUCCGUCACGGUGUGGGUGCUCCUGCUGUCCCCAAGGCCACCAACAACACCUCCCCCAAGCUCUACUUCCCCCAGGACUCCCAGGACCUGGUGCUGGGGGGAGAUGUGCCCAUCAGUUCCAUCCAGGCCACCAUUGCCAAGCUCAGCGUACGGCCAGGGGGGGCCAGCACUGAGGCUGGGGGGGGCUGGGGGCCAGAGACAACCCCCCCAGCUGAUGCUGCGGACGCAGAGGCACUGACAGUGCUUCCUGAUGGGGCGAUGGACGGUGUUGGUGCCCCUGAGCCCUCCCCGCCACAGCCACCCCCCCAUGAGCCACUCAGCGCCCCCGAGAGCAGCAACCACACAGCAGAGCCCCCCGGGGGGGUGGCAGUGCCUGUGGUGCCCCCCCCUGCCGCUGCUCCCCCCUCCUCAUCCUCGCUGGAGCUGCUGGCCUCCCUCACGCCCGAGGCCUUCACCCUGGACGCCUCCCUCAAGGGCAAGCAGCGGAUGAACAAGCAGAACUUCCUGCAGGCACAGCCGGGUGAGGGCCUGCGGGCACCCCGGCCAAGUGAUGACCCCCUCAGUAUGCUCGACCCUCUCUGGACCCUCAACAAGGCCUGAGGGGGUGGCAGGGUCCCAGACCCCAAUACCUCCCUUAUUGAGACCCCACUUUGGGACAGGCUCCAAGGGGGGUGUGUGUGGGGUCCUGCCCUGUGCCCCCCCAGCCCCUUAGCUCUGUACAGAUGUAACUGGCGCUCGCCCCGUUAUUUGACUUCAAUUCAGACUGACUUUUUCAGCUCUUUGCUACUAAAAUAAAGCGAGUUUGAUUGGCA